CAGAUGAUCUCAUCAAUCCAAAUUGGGGGUUUGACCAAGUGAUGCUUUUGAGAGGAGAGAAAGAAGAGGAUGUUAUAAAUUGUCUUCAAAGAAAAAGCUUCUCAAAAAGUCUUAAAACCUUUAAAAGGUCUGGGAACUGUCUGAAAAUGGGAUGUCAGGAGUGAGAGAUCCUCUGGCUGAGAAAAAACUACACCACAUCGGUGCUGGAUAUCAACCAGAAACUGGAACAACAAUACACCAAACAGUUAUUGUAUAUAUUUAGUGACAAAUAUGCCAAUUUUUGGUGAAAUAAAGGGAAUUACUGGAUGAAUUAUUUUGCAUUACAAGAUGCUACCAUGGGCUUUAUUGCUACAAACACUUAAGGGAUAACUGAGAAUGUACCAGGAAUUAUCAACGUGCAUCUUUACUUAAAAACCAAGAGCAUGCAUAUUACUGAUGCCCGGCCUGUGAGGAGCAAGAUAAGGGGUAAAAGGAGGACUUUGAGGAGUGAUGUUUUUGGAAACAGAAACAGAAAAAGACACUGUAAUGUCUGGACGAGGAAGAGUAAGAGCAAGGGGCCCAGGGAGAAGAGCAGGCCCAGUGAGAGAUGCAGUGAGAGGAGCAGGAGCAGUGAGAGGAGCAGGGCCAGGGAGAAGAGCAGGCCCAAGGAGAGGGCAAGGUAGAGGUGUAAGAAUGCGUGGUGGUGGCAUUCCAAGGGCUGCAAGAAGAGCAGUCAGUGAUGAAAUUCGUGCCACUAUCAUUGACCAUGUAAUCAACCACGGUCUUUCACUAAGAGAGGCUGGUGAAAGAGUGCAGCCCAAUUUGAGGUGGUCAACGGUUGCCUCCAUUAUACACAUCUUUCAACAAACCAACAGAAUGCAACGUCUUCCACCCUCUGGGGGAAGAGGAAAGCUCCUCAGUAAUGAUCAAGAGCUUGCCAUUGUAGAAAUGGUUGUUGCAAAUAAUGCAAUAAAACUGCAUGAAAUUCAAACUAGAAUUGUGGCGGACCAUGAGAUAUUUGACAAUAUCGAUAGCAUCAGCCUCACAACCAUUACGCGGACAUUGUCCAAACACAGAGGAACAGUGAGAGAGUCAAGGAGCUACGACGACAAUAUGUCCAGAGAGUUAUGGAACCAACCAGGCCCCUCAUGAAUUCAUAUACAUAGAUGAGGCAGGAUUCAAUCUGGCCAAAAGGCGUCGACGUGGACGAAAUGUAAUUGGAAAAAGGGCCACAGUUGAUGUGCCAGGACAGAGAGGGGCAAACAUUACCAUGUGUGCAGCAAUUGUAAAUGCAGGAUUACUCCUUCACAGAUGUCAGGUUGGACCCUAUAAUACCGAGCGCCUGCUUGCCUUUCUCAAUGAUCUCCACCAGCGCCUGGUUCCAGAGCAGGAUCAGGAGGGUGAAAACAUGAGGACCUUUGUAAUUACCUGGGACAAUGUGGCUUUCCAUCAUUCGCAAGCAAUAACAACAUGGUUUGAAGUCCACCCAAGACUGGUAAGUCUCUUCCUUCCACCCUAUUCACCUUUCCUCAACCCCGUAGCGGAGUUCUUUUCUGCAUGGAGGUGGAAGGUUUAUGACCAUCAGCCACAUGACCAGAUGUCCCUCCUUGAAGCCAUGGAUGCUGGCUGCAGGGACAUCACAGUUGAUG